UCAGAGAGAAGCAGCUGUACCAGCAGCUCCUCCCCGAUUUGACCUUUCCCAACCCAAUUUCGGUUCCCUACCAAGUGAGAAGAAUGGUUGUGUGUAGUGGAAGUUUGGUGAGAUACAAUCCUUCCCUCAAGCGCCCUUCUUUUUUCAUCUAACUGAGCUAAGGUGCUGACCCGUUUUCUAUCACCACAAACACGAGGAACCUUUUCUUUCUCUUGAGAAAUGCCAACCUUAGUCGAGAGGAUAAACAAUAUCAUUGACUGAUUUUGUUUUGGCCCAUUCGGAUUCCUCGCAUGAAAAAGAAAUCCUCAGAAAUUAAGGACUUUUUACAGGGUUUGAAUGAUCUGAAGAAUACAUCUCUUCUUCUCUUGUUUCAAUAGCCCUGGCCUUUUGCCCUGGAGGAAUGAGGGCCCAAAGAAAGAAACGGAAGCUGAGCUUCUCCUCGAUCUUCUCUCGCCGCCAGAACCGACUAGGUGCGGUGGAUGAGGCGCUGGCGGUCGGUGGGAGUGUUUUCUCCGGGACGAAGACUCUCCUGAAUGACAUCUCUGGCGAAGCGCGCGACGGCGAAAUCAUGGCGGUCCUCGGCGCUAGUGGCUCUGAGAAGUCGACACUGAUCGACGCUCUGGCGAACCGAAUUGCCAAGGGGAGGCUGAAAGGCACUCUGGCCCUGAACGGUGAGGCACUGGAGUCGAGCCUAUUGAAGGUGAUUUCCGCGUACGUGUUGCAGGACGACCUCCUCUACCCAGUGCUCACCGUCGAUGAAACCCUCACCUUCGCCGCGGAGUUCCGAUUACCUCCUGCUCCACCGAUCUGGCGCCCGCACACAUCAUUCACGAUGCUGCGUGAUUACGAGUAUGAGUUUCACUCGCCGUUUCGCAGCAAGGGUUUGUUUUGUUGAUGCGUUGGUGCCAUCACAGCUAUUUAAUACCGAAACGGAAGAAACAAGUCAAACAACAAUUGCAUGUAGCCUUUGUGUCUCUGGUGACUUUACUGAUAAAAGCUCUGCCGAGAAGAGAUCCAGUCGAUGUUCUUCUAAUGGUUACAUUCUGUCUCUCCUUUGAGUUGCGCAUGCGACUCUAGGCACCACACUAGCAGUGAGGCUGGUAACGUCCUUCGUUUUUCUUCGAUUCAUAAUCCGAUCUGGUCUUGCUUUCAUCCAAUUGUGGCUUGUCCUUUGUUUUUCUUCGAUUCAUAAUCCGAUCUGGUCUUGCUUUCAUCCAAUUGUGGCUUUUUCCCCUCUUCAUUCGCAAGUGCUAUAGCUUGUUCACUAAAUUCCUUCCCGACCCUUCAUCAAUUCUCGAGCAACCCAAACCCUAGCCUUGGAAUUAAUCACUGGUUGAGGUAGUUAUUAAUCAAUCUCUAUGAUUGAGGGCGAACCUUUUGAGUGCUCAAGUCAUUCAUCCCAGUAGAAUCAUCUCCAGCAGUCUGUUUCUCUCAUCAAGAACUCAGGAAUGGAAGAAUCUCAGCGAUCGCAGCCAGGAAACCCUAGCAAUGGUUCAGACUUAAUGGACGAUUGGGUUAGAGUUUGUGAUACCUGUGGGGGUGUAGGAGAUGAGUACUUCCUUGUUUCUUGUAACAAGUGUACCGAUGGUGCAUCACACACCUAUUGUAUGCGUGUUAAGCUGUUUGAAAAGCCUAAAAGUUGGACGUGUGAAGAAUGUGCACCAACGGCAGGAACUAACAAAUUAGUGGAAGAUGAUGUUGAAGUAGUUGACAGAAGAAAGACAGGAAAUCUAUCAAAAAGUUCAAUAAACCUUGAAUCUAGUGAAGGUGGAAAAUUCAACUCUAGACCUUCAUAUCCCAGUAAAAGUAAGACAAUUGGUGUAAGCUCGACAGGUAAUUUAUCAGCUCAAAGACAUGGAGUCCCUUUAGAAGCUCCGACAGCUCAAAAAGCCAGGGCUACUGAAAGAAGAGCUGUAUUCUCUGGGUCCUCCGAACCCUGCACAAACUCCUUUCUUUCUGAAGACUUCUCAUGCGAGGAAUCUGAAUGGGCCAAAACAAAAUCAGCCAAUGAUAUUGUUUAUUCUGUUCCACCAAGGUCUGGCAUUUUUCAAGAGAAAGAAAAGGUCCCUCGUGCUUGUGGUGAUAAAAAACGUGUCAGCACCUUAGCUCAGUUAGACGAGAAAAAAAGGGCUCUUGAGAGAAGGAUUGUAUCUCACCAAACGUCCACUACACACAACCAUUCUUCACUGGGUAGGGAACCUCCAUCUGAGAAGUUGGAGAAGGCGAAAUUAAGGGCUGCUGGUACAGCUACUUCUCUGAAUCCAUCUUCCAAUGGCUCAUUCGUAAAGGAGAAGUUAACCUAUGGUUUAUGUGAUGGAUCACCAAAUUUGGAUUUGCAAACAGACAUAGCACAAAAUAAAUGCUCUCUUUCUGCAGGCUCUCUAUUGAAGUCAAAUUCUUCCAAAGCUGCGAAUUUGAAACCUAAAGGACAGCUAGCAAAGGCUGGACGUUUGCAAAAGCAGAAGGUUGAGAGAGGUCCGACUUUUCAUGAUGAUAGAAAGGGAAAAGGUCCUAAAACGGUAUCUAAGUCUAUGGCAUCUGAUUGUGCGUUUUCAAAGGAAUCAAAUGCUACUGGUUCUAAGGUUCUCCUAGCGGAUUCGUAUGAGCUAAAUAAUCAUCCAAUGAGCUUACUAGCUUCGGAUUCUGCUGUAGCUGCAGGAAAGAAGGAAAAAGAAAUUAUUUCUGGUGGCGAUACUUAUUUUUCAGGAUCCCGUUUUUGUAAUCCUGAUGGUGUUGGAAGAUCAGGACAAUCAGAUCAUAGAUCACGGCCAAGCAUUUACAAAACUCACAAAGGUUCAAACUCUACCAAUAAAAAGAAGAAAAAUGUGAGCCAACAAGCUGAACGCCCUGCAAAAGCUGCUGCCCCUAUGACUGGUCCUGCUUCUGAUGAAAUGCCCCCCUUGAGAGACUUGGCCCAGGUUGAGGCAGCAACCCUCUUACAGGGCCUUGUCGUCCCAAAUACUGAUCAUUCAUGGCUAGGCAAAUUUCUGAUACACAACAGUGAGGGCAUUCCAUGGAAUUGUGAUGGGGUUCUAGCUCAUUUAUCAAAUUGUGCAUCACUAGAAGUUCGUGAAGUUUUUGACAGGCUACCUGGGAUUAUUAUAUUGGAGGAACUACCUCGCGUAAGGAUUUGGCCACCUCAAUUUAUGGGAAGUCAAGUCACUGGAGAAAAUAUUGCCCUCUACUUUUUUGCAAAACAUUUUGAUAGCUAUGACUAUAGAGGAUUGAUGAAUUACAUGAUCAAUAAUGAUUUAGCUCUGAAAGGAAAUUUGGAUGGGGUUGAGCUUUUAAUUUUUCCAUCCAACAUUCUGCCUGAGAGAUCCCAGCUUUGGAACCAGAUGAUGUUCCUCUGGGGCGUAUUCAAAGUGCAAAAGGUGAAUAACUCAGCAAACACACCAGUCUCAAAUUCUCUGAAGCAAGGAAAUGGAGAUACUGUGAAAAGGGGGGCAAUUGAUCUCAAUGCAUAUACUGAAGAUGAAAAUGUUGGCACAAAUCUUAAUCUUGCAGUGCAGGGUAGAAGCACAACACCAGAAAAUGGUUCUGUUAGGAUUGAGCACCAUGUUAAGGAGCUACCAACAUCACUCUCUCCAGCACCGCGUUCAACUGGAAAAUAUGGACCCGCGUGAUUGGGACGCUGCGGAAGCUUUGGUUCUUCUCUCUAGUGGGAGGUUUUGAAUGAAGAAAACCUCUUAUUUAUACUUUACCCUUUUAUAAUAAUGUGUUUUGUGUGUCACUGGAUCAGUGGUAUUAAUAAUUUGUGGUACAUUAAUAUUUGAACCUAGAACUUGAACAUGGCCUUGUUUGUUUUCCAUUCCAGUAUCUGUAUUGGUGCCUAUGUUAUGGCAUUUGACUUUACUUCA